AUGACCGUGACAGUCCCGAACAAUGGUCCCGGAGAGUACCUCCUAGUUCGAGAUGCAGCCGAGAAGGAGAGACUGGAGAUGCAAUUCCGGCUCUGGCAGUCCCAUCUUGGGUACCUGUUGCACCCGACCAUCGAACAACAUGAGCACAUGCGUAUUGCAGAUGUCGGCACGGGCACGGGUGCAUGGUUGCGCGAACUUGCGGCGGUGGUCCCCGAGACUUGCCAGUUGGAUGGCUUCGACAUCUCCGAUGACCUUUUUUACAAGAGCUUGACACAGCGCACCAAUCUUUCAUUCCAUCUGCAGAAUGUUCUCCAGCCAUUCCCCGAAGAAUUCGUGGGCAAAUACGACGUGGUCAAUGUCCGGCUUUUAGCAGUCGCCCUCUCCUCCAAUGAAUGGCCCACCGCAGUACGCAACGUGGUGGCUCUCUUGCGACCCGGUGGUCAUUUACAGUGGUCCGAUUGCGCUCCCCAGGGAUGUGUCGUCAAGGCACCUCCAGGGGUGACACCUACCCGAGCGAUUCGUAUGAUGGAGGUCUUUUACAAGACCCUGGAUAGCUUGGGAAAGACUCCAGAAAUCCACAACCUACUUGGCAUAUUCCAGAAAAGUGAACUAGUCUCUUGUAAAAUGGAGACCAUCGAACUUGACAAGCCUGAGAUGAGGGAUGAGCUCAAUCUGACUAUUACAAAUGUCAUGGCGCAUGGUCUCACAGCUUCGUUCCGGUUGCACAAGCUCGAGGAUAUUCAGUCUGAGCAACAGAUUGCCGAUUUGCGCGAUGGCGUCUUGGAAGAUCUCCGAACGAUCGGAUGCUACUUCAGUUAUAGUUUUUAUUUGGUGAUUGGACAGAAACCGUUGUAG